CCGACGCCAAGUGAAACGCGCCCAGCAGCCAUUAUUGUAACUGCUAACAUUAGCCGGGUGUUUUAGCUCCAAGUGCUACCCGCUAAUUACCGCCGUCGCUUUUUCAGUUUAUGUGCUAGUGUUCUAGUUUUCUUAACUCACAAUGGCUGAAAAGAUGGAUUUGAGCCUCGACGAAAUCAUCAAGAGAAACAAGCCGGCCCGCGGAACUGGUCCCCGCAGAGGCCGCGGCGGUGGCGGUGCAACCCAAAGAAACAACUCAAACUCAAGUUUUCCUCGUCGCGGUGGAUCCUCUCAAAGAACCACAGGUCGCGUUCAACAAGGUGGAAUCGUGCGAAGACGCCCCACAGCUGCCCCCAUCAGAAGUCCAUCAUACGCCAGAGGAGACGUCAACAGCAGGUGGCAACAUGAUAUGUUUGCUGGGGGUCGCCAAAUCGGAUCACGAACUGGUGGUAUAGUGAGCUCUGGAGGACCCACUAAACUUCUUGUUUCAAAUUUGGACUAUGGAGUAUCAGACUCAGAUAUUAAGGAAUUGUUUGCUGAGUUUGGCCCAUUGAAAUCAGCUGCUGUUCACUACGACAGAUCGGGCAGGUCAUUGGGUACAGCUGAUGUUAUCUUUGAUAGAAGAUCAGAUGCAGUCAAAGCAGUGAAGCAAUAUAAUGGAGUUCCUUUGGAUGGACGACCAAUGGAUAUUGCCUUGGCAACAAAUGAAGUAACAACAGCUGCUCCAAGGACCACCCAACGAACAAGUGGCGGUGGAAAUACCAACUUCGGUCAGAACCGACCUCAAAACAGAGUUGGUGGUGGAAACUUUAGGAACACCAGAGGCCGAGGAGGUGCCCGUGGUGCUGGCAGAGGUGGUCGAGGUGGUGCACGGACACCAAAGUCAGUACCAACAGCUGAAGAAUUGGAUGCUGAGUUAGACGCAUACGUCAGCAAAGUUCAAAAGUAACUUGCCAUGAAUUGUUGGCUAAUGUGUUUGAAUUAGCGUACUUUCUUCUCUCUUUUGAAAAGUGUGAGCUCAGUAUGUGUAAAGUGGUUACACAUUUAUCAUCUCAUUAAUUCAUUUAACUGUCUAAUUGACUAGGCACACAAGACACAAGUAAUGGAAUCUGCGUGUAGCCUGAUCAUUCCUGAAACUUUCAGAUUAUGUUGAUUAUUUUUGUUUGAGUAUCUUCAAAGAGUUCUAUUAAUUUCAGAAAAAAUCAAAAGUCUGUUUUACAUCUGUAGUGACUCAGUUUUAUUACUUCAUUUUAUGGUUAAAAAUAGAAUGUGGAAUACAUUUCUAACUUCCACAAUUCGUUACUCUUAAGGUUGUCUUUGUAUAGUGAAAAAUUAAAUUUAUAAAAUGACCAAAACAUGAA